UGCAGAGCCCGUGACGUGAGGGCGAGCUAGCCAACAACGCUCACGAGCCGAAUACAACCAAACGCCGCUCCGUCCGGCCACCUCCCCUUCCUCCUCCAUCAUCUCACCGGGUGCGCUUCCCCUCCCCUUCGUACAACGAAGAUUUGCUAUUCGCCAGGGCCCAACCACAGUUAUAGCUCACGUAGCCGCUACAGGCUUCUUCGCCGCCUCGUCUCCUCCUCGAUCUCCCUUCCUCCCUAGAAAAUCUCUCGGAUCUCGCCGAGAGCUAGCGGCUGGCUGGCGGCGGUGGCGCGGUGGCAGCAAAGUGUACGCUUUGCAGUUGCUGCCGGCGCGGCGCGGCAGCGGUGACGACGAAGAGGGAGGAGGAGAGAGGCUGUGUCGGGUUUGUGUUGUGUUUGUGUGUGUAGUGUGAGAUCUGGAGACGGCCGGGAGGAUGGCGCGCGGCGGGAGCUUCUCGCGGCUGCGGCUGCGCGCGGGGGUCGUUGUCGCCGCCGCCGCCGCCGCCCUGCUCCUCUUCGCCGUCGUCGCGCCGCCCGCCGCGGCGCUCAACAUCGGCCUCCAGUCCGCCGGCGACGGCGCGAGCAAGGCCGGGUUGUGCAGCCGCACGUGCGAGUCCGACCACUGCACGACGCCGCCGUUGCUGCGCUACGGCAAGUACUGCGGCAUCCUGUACAGCGGCUGCCCCGGCGAGCAGCCGUGCGACGAGCUCGACGCCUGCUGCAUGCACCACGACAACUGCGUCCAGGCCAAGAAUGACUACCUGAGCACGGCGUGCAACGAGGAGUUGCUGGAGUGCCUGGCGAGGCUGCGGGAGGGCUCGUCGACGUUCCAGGGGAACAAGUGCAUGAUCGACGAGGUCAUCGACGUGAUCUCGCUCGUCAUCGAGGCCGCCGUCGUCGCCGGCAGGCUGCUGCACAAGCCUUAGCUUACAUAGCCUCAGCCGUGCUGCAGGCACCACCCCUGCCGGCGGCGAACGGCGGCCGGAUCGACGGCAUGGGCGGCGCGAAGGAUGAGCAGUAUUGUCCUCUAACUUCGAAUCACUGACGUGUAGGUCCAGUAGAUGUGGGGCCUACAUGUCAGUCAGUCACAGUCAAUAAUGACCGUACUACAGAGGAUAAAGUGCUUGUGCGUUAUUGGGUGGGUGGUACAUGUUUUGCUUGCUUGGUGUGUGUCAGUGUGUGUGUGUGUGUGCAGCUUAGCUAGCACCGGGCUGGCGGCUGCGUGCGUCGCCUUCAACUUCACAGUUCACGUGGGCUCCCCCUUGACAGAGGCCCAGACUUACGACAAAUAUAUGCAGAUCACAAAUAUUACUACAUGGUUUUGGACUUCGGUUUUGUGCCA